ACAACCUUCACCUCUCGAGUCGAGUGGUGUGCUGUGCUGUGCUGUGCUGGGAGGAGGAAGGUGAUCAGCUCGAAUUCUGUGCUCUCUCAAUCGCAGUCGCCGUAGCUUCGUGUGCGUUGCUAAAAUCAACAAAAGCUAUAGACCCCCCCGCUUGCGAAACAAGCUCCAGCCCUGCGCGUUUCUCGCUCGCCGCAAUGUCCGCCGUCGGCGACGCACAAGCCGCCCCAGCCAGGUUAGGCUACCUACCAGCCAGCAACGCUCGGCUGUGGUAGCGCGUAGCUUCGUCAUCGUGGCUCUAGUUCCUGCAUCCUGAGCCUCCUAUGAUUAGGCUAAACCUUCGCUCAUCUUUGACCGCCGGGCAAGCAUAGGAUUUAUAAAUCAGCUGUAGGACGAACGGAUAAAUACGCUCCUCUCGUUACAGGUCCGACACAAUCAUCGAUGGCCUCCGCAACGAGCUCGUGAUCUAGUCACCUCCCCGCGGAUCCACGCCUCUGAUAGUCACCCGUCACUGAUCCGCCGUUCUAAAUUACAAUCUCUCUACCAGUUCAGACGCUAUAGCCCGCACGUCUCGAAAUCCUAGCUAAAAGCUCUCCCGCGUCAAGAACAUCUCCGCUAACAGAUUCGCCCGCUAAGAGCACUGUUGGUCGCUUUACUAAACUCCCGCUGCUACAGCCUCGUUCGUUCAGCUUCUUUUCGCCAUGGCACCUGUCCGAGAUAGCUUCUCACAUGCGCUCGCGCUUCUGCUCGCGUCGUUCGCGGCGGUGCUGCUGCUGUCUCCGUCGGUCCGAGCCGGUAUCAACCGCGACACCAUCAUCGACUCCUCGCAACUGACGGUGCUGCGCGCGCUAUCGAAGGAGUGGCGCGGGUUCAAUUACUCGCGCGCGUGGUCAUCGAAGGAGGCGCCAAAGCGAUGCAUGGCGUAUCCGGGGAUCAUCUGCAACGAUAAGGGCAUCAUCGUCGGACUCAACGUGAGCAACACCAACAUCAACGGCACGAUCAAGGGAAUCAGCGCCCUCACCGCCCUCGCCCUGCUCGACAUGAGCAGCAACCCCAUCAAGGACGUGACUCCCCUCGCCCCCCUCACCAAGCUCGUCUACCUCAACCUGCAAGCGCUGGACAUUGAGAAAGCGCCGGACUCGCUGGGCAACCUGGGCCUCCUCAAACACCUGAACCUGAAUCAGAACUAUCUCUCCACUCCCGUGCCUCAGUUCGUCACUGGCCUAACUGCCCUCACCCACCUGGACCUUGGGUUCAAUGACUUCAGCGGUUCUCUUCCGCCCCGCUUUGGCAACCUCAAGAACCUAAAGAAGCUGGUGCUGUCUCACGGUGGCGAUGCUCUGGGCGGCAAACUGCCACCCUCCUUCUCUGCACUCACCAACCUGCGGGACCUGUACAUGAACGACAACGCCUUUGGGGGCAGCAUCCCUGCAUACAUCGGAAGCUUCAUCUCCCUUUCCUACCUUCGACUGAGCAACAACAUGUUUUCGGGCAACAUUCCGAAGGAGCUCGGGCAGCUGAAGAACCUGCAGUUCCUUGGCCUGCGCUACAACUCGCUCUCAGGGUCCAUCCCAUCCGCCCUCGCCUUGCUCUCCAAACUAACCUACCUUUCGCUGAACUACAACAAGCUGAGUGGGAGCAUUCCGAAGCAGCUGACCCUCCUGGCCAACCUUCAGAGCAUCAACUUUGAGAGCAACUACCUGUCUGGGACUCUUCCCAGCAUCGAUCGCCUCAAGCUCCUCACCGACGUCAACGUGCGGUCCAACUAUCUGAGCGGCACCAUCCCCCCGCGCUACCUGGCUCUGCCGUACCACAGCCUGGCGUCCAACUUCUUCGUGGGGGAGAUCUCGUACAAGGCCAAGAACGGGUCCGCCAUCUGCCAGUCUGAGUCCGACGUCGAUAACAACUGCCUGCGGCUCAAGAGGUGGGACAAGAAGGCGUGUGGAAAGCGCCCGCCGCAGCGCAGCGCCGACAUGUGCUGGACCUUCUGCCGGGCGGCGAGCCGGCUGGGGACGUGCGGGCGGCGCGGCGCGUGUGUGCCGGCGAGCCUGCGGAAGAACGACAGUGCCGUGGCGUACGCUGCCUGCAAGUGCCAGAAGGGCGCUGCUGUCACUGCCGACAACCAGUACUGCGUUAAAGUGACCAAGGUGUUAGUGCGCAAGCCCUGUCCUGCCAACCCCAAGUGUCCUUCCAGCAGCACCUGUGAGCCCAACUUCCUCUCCCCUCUCGGAUACCGCUGCGCCUGCCAAAAGGGUUACCGCCCCGUGGCUGAGAACUACUGGACCGUUACAAAGUGUGUGCUCAUACAGGUUUAGGCGAGCAUAUGGUGGACAAGUGUACAGUGUUAUAGAGUGCUUUUAGGUGGUGUUAGGCAAUCUUGCUAGCUUGGUACAGUUGCUUUAUGUUUGAAUAAAGCAGAUAUUAAAAA